AUGAAUGGAAUAUUUGCUAUUGAGAAGCCUAGCGGUAUUACAUCCAAUCAGUUUAUGCUAAAGUUGCAACAUGCUUUAACUAAAAGUCAAGUAUUCUCGAAGGAAAUUCAAAGGGCAACAGCGGAAAGAAAGCAGCAAUAUGAAAAACAGACAGGUAAGAAGGCCAGCAAGAGGAAACUUCGUAAAGUCUCAAAGGUAAAGAUGGGACACGGAGGCACUUUGGAUCCGUUGGCCUCUGGUGUCCUGGUAAUUGGGAUUGGAGCGGGCACCAAAAAACUUGCAAAUUAUCUUUCAGGCACCGUUAAAGUCUAUGAAAGUGAAGCCCUGUUUGGUGUUUCCACUACUUCAGGAGAUGUAGAAGGUGAGAUUUUGUCCCAGAACUCCGUUAAACAUUUAAAUUUCGAUGAUUUAAAGACUGUGGAGGAAAAAUUUGUUGGACAAUUAAAGCAGACGCCGCCAAUAUACGCAGCUUUGAAGAUGGAUGGCAAACCCCUGCAUGAAUAUGCUCGAGAAGGAAAGCCUUUACCUAGAGCCAUUGAGCCCAGACAAGUUACUAUUUAUGACUUGAAGGUGUUUUCAGACUCUCUUAAACGUGAUCAUGACUAUCCCUUAUUGAGGCCCACUACAGAAGAAGCUGUUGAUACCGUGAAAAAUUUGAAUGCAAACAUGCUAAACGAUGUUUUAUACUUUUCAAAAGAAUAUACAGAGAAGCACGGCCUUGAUUCUGAGGUGGCAAAGGUAGAAGAACCAUUUCCGCUGAGUGAACAAGAAGAGCAAGAAAUCCAAAAAGAAGGAGAUUCUUAUAGGGCUCCAAAAUUGCACUUCAAAGCUAAUGUGUCUUCUGGAACAUACAUAAGGUCCUUAGUGAGCGACAUCGGUAAAUCUAUGAGGAGCUCAUGUUAUAUGGUGAAAUUGAUACGUUUGCAACAGCAGGACUGGUCUCUUGAAAAAAAUAAUGUGUUCCAAUUAACGGAUUUUACUGAAAGAGACGAGAAGGUGUGGAGUAAGGUACUGGAGAAGGUUCUAGACGAGGGAGCAACUGUUGAUGUUAUAGAAGAGCUAAAGAAAGCAGAAAAGGAAAUACCAGCGGACGUGAAGGAAUGUAUAGUUUCGAGUGAUCAACCUGGUGAUGAGGCUACGGCUGAAACAAUUGAAACUGCUAACGCCGAAGAACAUUCUAAUACACUAAAAAGAAAAAUCGAACAGGUGUAA